GGAGAGGCUUUGAAAAAAAAAAAACCAAAAAAAAAAAAACCGAAAGAUGUCAUCAUCCUGUCGACUCAAACACCGGGGCGGAGUCACGGAGUGCGGCCGACCUCGAGCUCUUUAGCUGGGCGACGAACUCUACGCAACACCGAGGCUUGGAAUCCGACGGCUGCGGCCUUUUCGGAGCUACCGCAAAAAAGAAAAAAGAAACAAAUGAUAUAAAAGCAGCACGUUCGGACUUCGCGUCCAUCUCCUCCAUUAAAAUGAGUAUUUAUUUUUGCUUUUAUUACAGCAGACAUAAAGGAAUACAAUACACUAUUAAAGCAGGAUAUCAUCCAUUUUGUCGCAUUUACAAAAGCAGAAAUAUCUCGUCAAUGAAUCCAUAAGUCGUUAUAAACUCAUUAAUUAGAAUAAUAAUAUUGAUAAUUGGUGCCGUUGUUGGGAGUCGUUCUGCAUUUGCAGUAAUUAUCCCGGGCAGCAGGAGGCAGAGCAGAGCCGCGCAAGCCCCGGGCUGGAUUUUCGCUGCUGCGGUGUUUCGAGCUCCUCUUCCCGGGCUCUGUGGGUCUCCCCCCCCCCCGCUGCCUCCCGCUCUCUCAGCUCCCUGCCUGGCUCUCCUUCAUGAUGGACUCCUCCUGGAGCAACUUCCUCUUUCAGACUCCGCCCACUCAGAGCCAGUCUGACACGCCUCUUCAGGCGGAGCUCCUGCCUGAGCUGACAGACUCGGCUCAGAGUCCGUCAGCUGAACAUAUGGUGACGCCGCCGUCCACCGUCGACACCGCGGCGCUGAGCGAGGAGCCGCUACCUGUCAAAUCUCCAGUGAAGCCCAGUCGUCCGGCUCACAUCUGCUCCACCUGCAACAAAGAGUUCAAGAACAGCUACAACCUGCGGCGCCACCAGUCUGUGCACACGGGCGUUCGCAUGAAGGACCGCGUCGCCCGGGAAAAAGAGGAUGGAGCGAAGAAGCAGACGGUCCCGCUGUCCCUCCUCCAGCUCACACUGCCCCCACAGGCCCCACCCCCUCCUUCGCCUCCCACCAACCCCGCCACGGACUCCGUCCCCCAGCCCAGUCUCCACAACAACCAGGAAACUCAGCCAGUCUCUGUGUCCAUUGCCCCGGCAACCGUAACCAUGGCUGCACCGCAGCAACCCCUCCAGGCAGCUGUUGUUGUUGUCGGGUCCAUGGAGCAGAAUCCAAAUCCCAACACCAACCAGGUGAGGAAGAACCACGCCUGCGAGGCCUGUGGAAAGGCCUUCAGAGACGUCUAUCACCUCAACCGGCACCGGCUUUCGCACUCGGACGAGAAGCCGUAUUCCUGCCCCAUCUGUCAGCAGCGCUUCAAGAGGAAAGACCGCAUGAGCUAUCACGUGCGCUCGCACCAAGGCGGCGUGGAGAAGCCCUACGUGUGUCCUCACUGCGCCAAGGCCUUCUCCAGACCGGAUCAUCUCAACAGUCACGUUCGACAGGUUCACUCGACAGAGAGACCCUUCAAAUGCACGACGUGCACGUCGGCGUUUGCCACGCGCGACCGUCUCCGAGCUCAUCUGAUCCGUCACGAGGAGAAAGUUCCGUGUCACAUCUGUGGGAAGCUUCUGUCGGCCGCUUACAUCACUGAUCACAUGAGAGUCCACAACCAAUCACAGCACCACGCCUGUCACCUGUGCAACCGCAGCUUCACCACCCUCACUUACCUGCGUGUUCACGCUCAGAAACACCACGGUCAGGAGUGGAAGGAGAGCGGCGGGGGGCGCGGCGCCUUCGGUGGGACGGGGGCCGGCGGCGUGCUGCUCUGUCAGCUCUGCGGCGUCCAGUGUAAGACGGCCACGCAGCUCCAGGGUCACAUGGGCACCCACGCCAACCAGGGCGACCUCGGCGCCGACCCCGUGAGCACCGGCCCCGUCGUCACCACCAGCGUGGCCGUCACCGUGUCCAGUGCUGCGAGCUCAGUGGGGCUGCUGGUUACUGACUGCUCCAGUAUCACCCCCCAGCCUCACAGCUAGCACACCGCGAGGGGGGGGACUGGUGGG